CUUCUGCCUGCUGCCUGUGGCAAUGGUUAUGGCAAGGCAACCGUACUACCACUCUCUCUAGUAUCCACCGGCGCCUAUCUCGCGCUUCCCGAACGCGUCGCGUUACGCCUCGGCGCGCCGCGCCUCAGUCAGCAAAGCAAGCAAGCUAAGCAGCGGCCCUUUCUUCUGCCUCCUCUUGAACCGGACGGUCAGAAGGGAAUCUUUGAGGCGCCGAAGAAAUCGCAGCACCCCCUUUCUUCUGCUCCCUCUGGAAACUGACAGUCAGCAGUCGGCUGUCACCAGUCGAGUCGCGGCGAUGGGCGUCCGUCUGAUAAGCGAACCGCCUCCUCUGAUUCAAUUCCACUCUCCAUGGCCCCUCAUGCGUCUGCCCGAUACGGUUGUCGCUACGUCGCGAAACGGCGACAAGACGACGGCGUAUAUCGCAGGGCUGUUAUCAUCAUGUCGGCCACUAGCCGUAUCUGCCGUGUGUUCUGUACCGAUCGCAUGUGCUUACCAGACCAGAGGCACAUCGACUCGGGCCCUUUUCAACUCGUUCCGCUGCUUCUCGCCCGGUAGCUAGCAACUCUACUGCUGUACAGCCAGGGUAGCAACUCUACUUCUCGGCCAGUAGCAACUCUACUGUCUUGCAUUUAAUGCAAAUCGCAGCAGCCCCUGCUUCUCGAAUCCCCCUCUGGGUACUGUAGAAUCUCCGAGUAUUGAGUCCCAAGGCGUAAACCCGCGGUCCUCGGACAAUGCGGCCUCAUUAUCACCAGCUCUUAUUCGCAAUGAAUCGAUCUGCCGGCGUUUACUAGCCCCGAUAGGGACUACGACAGCCACUGAUUGAGUCAGAGCAUUUAAAUCGACCGGAAAGAGUCCCGAAAGGCCCUUCAUUGCGGUACCUCCACGUGACGCGAUGGCCGACCUACCCCCGCGCGCCCCACUCCCGCGCGCCCCACUCCCGCGCGCCGUACUCCCGCUCGUCCUUCUCCUCCUGCCCCUCCUCGCGUCGCUGUCGCUUUCAGCCGCCGCAACAGCAGCGAAACCAAGGCACACAGGGGCGGGCUCUGCCGCCUUUCCCCUCGAAAAGGGUAAUAAGGAGAAGUACCCCUUGAAGUUCCACUGGCCUUCAGGGAAAGGAAGCAGAAGCUUUCUCCCGGGACUUCUGCCGGGGAAAGGAAAGGGAGGCGGCAAGGGCAAAAGCGGCAGCACCGGCGGCAGUAGUAACGGCAGUCGCGGCGGCUCUAGCGCCGGUGAUACGAUGGGUGCGGCCGCGAAUGGAGGGAUGGGGAUGGGCGGAAGCAGUAGGUUUGGGGGGGGAGACCUGGGUGGUGGUUCGAUGGGCGGAUCUGGCGGUGGUUCGAACGGGAUCUCCGGGGGAGGUUCGGGAUCGGGAAGCGGAGGGAACACGGGGGGGGGAGGAAACGCAAGCAGCGGCGGAGGCGGAGUGGCGGAGUCGAAUUUGACGGCGGAGCAGCAAGCAGCGCUGGCUAAAGUGAACGCCGUUUUGGGAUUUCUGGAGAAGCGGAAAUUCACAGGAAGUGCGAUGGGCAUCGAUUUCAGUGGUCUGACUGAGACCCUUACGACUACACUCACCAGCAACAAUAUUACGAUCUUUGCGCCAACCAAUGGAGCCUUUUUCCGCAUGCCAAAAAGCGUGCGCUUUGGUGGGCUGAGGAGGAAGCCAACUGUUUUGAAACAGGUCAUGGCCUAUCACGUGCUGCCACGUCGACUGGAGUUCAGUGACCUCAAGGCCCUUGGGAAUGGCUAUCUGUUCCAAACACUCAAUGGAAUGCCCCUUAGGAAGAACCAAACGAACUGCCUGCGCAUUGCCAGGCUGGGGGACUCCUUGGGGGUGCGAGUUGUGCUUGGAGACAUGUACACGAGCCCGUCGAUUGUUGUUCAUGGUGUAGACGCUGUACUACUUCCAAGCGGAAAGGGCUUCUUGGCAUCAUUGGCAUAGACAAUAUGUAGGGUAAAAUGAGGUGAUUCUUUAUGGUUGAGGUGGUGCAUGGCUUUCUAAAUCAUGUACCCUUCCAAAAUAAGAUAUUAUAAUCUCA